CAGAUAAAUGCUGUAACUCCACACACCCUAUAUCAUUUCACCUCCUUCAGCUCCAAGUCAAAAUGCACCUUAUUGUACCCAUCCUCGUGAGCGUGCUUCUUCCCAAAGCAUAUUCACUCAAAUGCUUUGAGUGCACACCAGGAGAACCAGGAGCAUGCACCACCAAGCAGACUGACUGUCCAGCCCAAUGCGGAAGCUCGCGGAUCAUAUCCUAUACGGGUGAUACAAAAGUAGUGGAUAUCAACGCGAAGUCUUGCGCGGUGUCUGCUGGGUGUCUCAGUACAUCAGUGAACUUCGGAAUCUCGCGCACAACGAUCGCCAUCGAAUGCUGCAAUACCAACCUCUGCAACGCCCAAAGCGUCCCUGAGUCCACUAAAGGCCUUCCUAAUGGCAAGACAUGCUUCACCUGUAUCGGAACGGACUGCAGGAGCACUCUGAGCUGCUUGGGAGACGAGGACCGCUGCAUCUCAACAACAGUGAACAUAGGUGGCGAGAAGAUAUCAAUGAAGGGAUGUGCCUCCAAGAGCAUCUGUAUUGGAGACGUGUCACAAGCACUGGGAUCCACCAUGGGCGUGGAGAUGAAGUGCUGCGAGGGCAACCUGUGUAACAACGCCCAGAGCAUCGGACUGAGCCUCCUGAUCCUGGUGACAUCCAUGGUCUCUGUCACCCUGUUCUACUGAGAGACACCACACCUGUUGUGUGUAUUAAUAAUGAAUGUUAUAGAAUAGCCCCUUUCACUGGAUGCUUCCUUGGGGCGUCACAUUAUGUAGGGUUAACUCAACCCCUUCAACCCCGCUAGCGUAAUGCUGCAGCCACCUGUGGAAUGCACUAUAGCCAAUUCAUUCCAGGGACAGCUCUCGCAAAAAAAUACACACCCACAACAACCCACACCUACUUCUAUCCUACAACCCCGACACACACUCACACCCAUCCUCUUCUCUCCUCAAGGCCCUGUGAGUCAGUGAGGCGUGGAUGUUUGGCGAGGCAUUUGCCAAUCUAAGCAAGUGUGGUACAUUGCUUCAAAUCAUUGGCAUUGUUAGCUUUCACCUGUUUUUAACGUUCUGAAUAACAUAAAAGGCCAUUGAAUCCCAUUUUUUACCUAGCAGAAAUGUACUUGAAAUUAAAAAUGUCACUGGAUGUGUACAGUGUUAAUGUGUUUGCUUGAUAAACAAGAUUAAUUCUGUAAAUUAAAAAAAUAUGAAAAGUA